AUGUUCCCAAGCAUACGUCUCAAGAGACUCAAAGACAUUCUAAUUUAUUUUCUUUUUCAUUCUUCUUUAUUUUUUCUUUCUUUUUAUCUAAUUCACUCUUUUCUCUUUCUUUUCCUUUUAUUCUACAUUUCUUUUUUAUUUUUAUUCACUCUUUUUUCUUUUAACAUUUUAUUCACCAUUUUCUUUUUCUUUGUUCUCAUUUUAUUUACUUUUCUUUUUCUUCCGUUCACUCUUUUUCUUUCCUUUUUAUUUCACUUUUUCUUUUAUUCACUUUAUUUUUUCAUUUUAUUCAUUCUUUUACCCACCUUUUCUUUUUUUUUUAUUUCCUUUCUUUUCAUUAUCUCACCAUUUUCCUUUCUCUGUUAUCCUUCUUUUAUUUCCCUUUCAUUCCUUUCUUUCACUCUAACCAUCUUACAAGCAUCUAAUUCUUGUCUUUACUUCAGCUUCCUUUUUUUUCAUUCAUAUGUUUAUUUUCCGUGCACUCUUUUCUUUCUCUUUUACACAAUUUGCAAUUUUCUUUAUUUUUCUAAUCGUUUUACUUUCUUUCUCUUUCCUCAAAAUCACUAUACUUUCUUCCUCUUUCCUCAAAACAUUAUGCUUUCUUCCUCUUUUCUCAAAAUCAUUAUGCUUCCUUCCUCUUUCCUCAAAAUCAUUAUGCUUCCUUCCUCUUUCCUCAAAAUCAUUAUGCUUUCUUUCUCUUUCCUCAAAACAUUAUGCUUUCUUCCUCUUUCCUCAAAAUCAUUAUGCUUUCUUACUCUUUCCUCAAAAUCAUUAUACCUUCUUCCUCUUUCCUCAAAAUCAUUAUACUUUCUUCCUCUUUCCUCAAAAUCACUAUACUUUCUUUCUCUUUCCUCAAAAUCACUAUACUUUCUUUCUCUUUCCUCAAAACAUUAUGCUUUCUUCCUCUUUCCUCAAAAUUAUUAUGCUUUCUUCCUCUUUCCUCAAAAUCAUUAUACUUUCUUUCUCUUUCCUCAAAAUCAUUAUACUUUCUUACUCUUUCCUCAAAAUCAUUAUACCUUCUUCCUCUUUCCUCAAAAUCACUAUACUUUCUUCCUCUUUCCUCAAAAUCAUUAUACUUUCUUUCUCUUUCCUCAAAAUCAUUAUACUUUCUUCCUCUUUCCUCAAAAUCACUAUACUUUCUUUCUCUUUCCUCAAAACAUUAUGCUUUCUUCCUCUUUCCUCAAAAUCACUAUGCUUUCUUUCUCUUUCCUCAAAAUCACUAUGCUUUCUUUCUCUUUCCUCAAAAUCAUUAUACUUUCUUCCUCUUUUCUCAAAAUCAUUAUACUUUCUUCCUCUUUCCUCAAGAUCAUUAUACUUUCUUCCUCUUUCCUCAAAAUCACUAUACUUUCUUCCUCUUUCCUCAAAAUCACUAUACUUUCUUCCUCUUUCCUCAAAAUCAUUAUACUUUCUUCCUCUUUCCUCAAAAUCACUAUACUUUCUUUCUCUUUCCUCAAAAUCACUAUACUUUCUUUCUCUUUCCUCAAAACAUUAUGCUUUCUUCCUCUUUCCUCAAAAUUAUUAUGCUUUCUUCCUCUUUCCUCAAAAUUAUUAUGCUUUCUUCCUCUUUCCUCAAAAUUAUUAUGCUUUCUUCCUCUUUCCUCAAAAUCAUUAUGCUUUCUUCCUCUUUCCUCAAACCUCUAUUUUUCUUUUAUCUGUUUCUGUUAUUUCCCUUACAAGAUUUUCCUCAUAAUUUUUUUCUUUCAUUAUGACACUCUUUCUUUUUCUCUUUUUAUUGUUCUCUUCUUUUUUAAUCUCUUUUCUAAUUUUUAUUUUUUAUAA